GUCCCUGUUAUAAAAACCUACUCGUCUUUCGAGGUCUACGCCCCCUUCGAUCUCCUAAACUACUCGUCUCUCACUCUCUCCUAGGCUCCUAGGCCAUUAGCUAGGGGAAUAUUAGUUGUAAUUCUCCGAUGGGGAGCAUCAUCCGCAGAGAUGAUGAGGAUCUUAACAGAUCACUAUUGCCAGAAUCAACGACCCCAGAAGAUGGAGCAAAAGCCAUAGCUGAAGAUCAAGAUCAAAAAGGCCUCGCAUCAAGGGUCUGGAUAGAGACCAGGAAGCUAUGGCGCAUUGUGGGUCCCGCCAUCAUCAGCCGCGUCAUUUCAUACAGCAUGAACGUUAUCACCCAAGCCUUCGCUGGUCACCUUGGGGAAGUUGAACUCGCCGCCAUUUCCAUUGCCAACACUGUCAUUGUCGGCUUCAAUUUCGGCCUCCUGUUAGGGAUGGGAAGCGCGCUAGAGACGCUGUGCGGGCAGGCAUUUGGUGCCAAGAGGUACCACAUGUUGGGAAUAUACCUGCAAAGAUCAUGGAUUGUGCUCUUCGUCUGUUGUUUCUUCCUAUUGCCUUUUUACGUUUUCGCUACUCCGCUUCUGAAACUCCUAGGACAGCCCGACGACGUGGCAGAGUCGUCAGGAGUCGUGGCCUGUUGGCUAAUACCCUUGCACUUCAGCUUUGCGUUUCAGUUCCCAUUGCAGAGAUUCUUGCAGUCCCAGCUCAAGAACUCAGUGAUUGCGUGGGUUGCUUUCGCGGGUCUGCUGGUUAAUGCUUUAACCAGUUGGCUCUUCAUCUAUGUGUUUGAUUUUGGGCUUGUGGGUGCGGCUCUUUCUCUGGAUAUCUCGUGGUGGGUCUUGGUUUUUGGUUUGUAUGGGUAUACUGCGUUCGGUGGGUGUCCCCUGACAUGGAGUGGUUUCUCUACGGAAGCCUUUUCUGGGCUGUGGGAGUUUCUCAAGCUCUCUGCUGCAUCUGGUGUUAUGCUCUGCUUGGAGAAUUGGUACUAUAGAAUACUGAUAUUAAUGACAGGGUUCUUGCAGAAUGCCACUCUUGCUGUCGAUGCCUUGUCAGUCUGCAUGACCAUAAAUGGGUGGGAGAUGAUGAUUCCUUUGGCCUUCUUUGCUGGUACCGGAGUUAGGGUAGCGAAUGAGCUUGGAGCGGGGAAUGGUAAGGCAGCAAAAUUUGCAACAAAGGUGUCAGUAGUGCAGUCAACUGUGAUUGGAAUCUUCUUCUGCGCGCUAAUCAUGCUUCUCCAUGACAAGAUAGCAUAUAUAUUCACGACCAGCUCUGAUGUGCUCGAAGCAGUUGAUAAUCUAUCGUUGCUGCUCGCCGUCACCAUUCUCCUCAACAGUGUUCAACCCGUUCUAUCGGGAGUUGCUGUCGGAUCGGGUUGGCAGGCAUGGGUUGCAUAUAUAAAUCUGGGCUGCUACUACGUUGUCGGGCUCCCGCUUGGAAUUGUAUUGGGAUGGGUCUUCGACUUGGGAGUAAAGGGGAUCUGGGGUGGAAUGAUUUUUGGAGGGACUGCCGUCCAGACGGUGAUUUUGGCUAUCAUAACAGUGCGAUGCGAUUGGGAAAAGGAGGCUGAGAAAGCCAGUAUUCGUGUAAACAAAUGGUCAACUCCUAAUCCAGAAGAUCAGCCGGUGGUCCGAGAUUAAUCGCAGGUUCGAUGGAUUUUUCCAUUUUAAGGUGCAUCAACCUGGGGCCUUUCCGAUCUCUCCUUAACUACUCUUGCCCUGCUGUUCCAGUUUUGGAUGAUUAAUUUUUCUGAGUCUUGUAAAAUGGUGUUGCAUUCAUAUUCAACGACCAUGUUCACAAAUUUUUACGAGCAAUAAAAAUGUGAUUCUUAA